AUGAAGGAUCAAUCAGAUCUCAACCAUCAGGAGGAGAGCUCCAUAGCAGAAAAACUAGAUGUUGGAAACCAACUAGAAAGUACUGAUAAUACCUCUCAACCAUCGACAACAUCUGACUCGGAGCAAAUUGUGGACCACAAUAUUGAAAAAGAGGCAGCUAUCCGUCGAGCCUGCGACUUGCGCGACAUCGACGCAUUGGUCGCGUAUGCAACUUCCGAAGGGGGAUUUCUUCGAGAUAAUGUCCGACGACUAGCCUACCUAGGGCCGAUUCUUCUUCAAUGUGACCGAGAUCCUGAUCUUGGAGCUUGGAAUAACUUACCGCCUCAUGUUGACGAAGAUCAAGUCCAGCUCGAUGUGAAUCGGUCCUUCGUUUACUAUCCCAACUGUAAGAUUCUUGCCCGAAUCGUGAACUCUCCCUGGGCUAAGCCAUCUCAUUCAGGCUCCGAUAGUGAUCUCUCGUUGAAAAAGAACGAGUUGUCUGAUUUAAUUAAACAGAUGCUACGACAUUACCCGAUGCUAUGCUAUUUUCAAGGGUACCAUGACAUCGUGCAAGUAUUACUCCUGGUGCUGGGCGGCCAGACGGCGGCUCCAGCAGUCACACGGUUGUCUCUCUUCCGCAUACGGGAUUACAUGCUACCAUCACUGUCUCCGACAGUGAGACAUCUACAACUCAUUCCAGCAAUUAUUGACAGGGCUGAUCCAGCUCUGCGACAUCACCUCUCGGAGAUCAGACCCUUUUUUGCUCUGGCGGCGACUCUCACGCUGUAUGCCCACGACAUUCAAGAAUAUAGUGACAUUGCUCGUCUCUUCGACUUCUUGCUAGCCAGAGAGCCAGUAGUUUCUAUUUAUCUUUUCGCCGCUAUCAUCCUGGCUCGUAAGAAGGAGCUCCUGGAGAUCCCAGAAGAUGAGCCUGAAAUGUUACAUUUCACUCUUUCAAAGUUACCAUGUCCCCUUGAUCUAGAGGGCCUUAUAUACCGGGCGGUACAACUCUUUGAUGAAUAUCCACCCGAGUCAUUGUCAUUCGGAGCAUGGAAGGCGAUUCCGCCGUCCAGUGUACUGAAAACUUCAAGAGAUACAAUCGCAAAGCAGACGCCAGAGGAGGCGAUAACACUUUUUGAACAGCAAGUGCGGCAUCUGCGCAAUGAAGAGCGACGAGAAAUGGUCGUUGGCUUUUUAUGGAACCACAGAAGGGCAAUCGGUUCUGUGGCCGUCACAGUCUUUAUCGCUGCGGUAUCCAUUUGGAUUAGAAAGAGGGGGCUGGACACUCCAAUUUGGUCGUACCUCGAUCGUUUCAAAUCGGCAUUCCAAGUUCAUAGCUCCUCCUAG